CAUAACAAGACUCGUUUCUUCUUAGGCAUUGUUUGAGGUUUGGUUGUUAUUUAGUGGAUUGGAUUUUGCAGUGAAGAGUGACUAAUUCACUCAAUACGUAUUCCGGUUCCAACCCGUGCGAACAUAUGUACAUACUUUUGCGCAUAAAUAUUUGCCAAAUAAUUUGCGAAUGAAUAAGAGUAGCUGUUACACACAUUUAGUGAUCCAUUUUCCUCCGUGUUGAGUGGUGUGGUUGCAGUUAAAAGGCUGGGGUUGUGUGUUUGUAUUGCAUUUUUCAUCCACGCAGCAGGGGAAGAUUGAUAAGUAAUUGUAUAUAGAGUGAGAUAAGAGGUUAUCUGCCGGGUGGAUCGGGAGUCAAAGUCGACUAAUAUUCAUCUCUAUUGAAGAGGAAAUUAGACAGAUCCAGAAGGUGAAUUUUGCUCGGAUUUUGCUCGGGGAAAAUGGGGGAGAGUGACGAAAAGAAGAAAAUUAGUGAAAACAUGAUGGAGUUGGUGGACCUUAUCACGAAUUUGGACGACGUGGUGAAGUAUUUAAGAGAACGGGAUGUGCUCACAGAGGAAGAAGAACGGGAAGUGGCCGCCCAGGACGCCCCUUUCAACAAGAAGAGUCACCUUAUCUGGCUUAUCAAGCAGAAAGAAGACGACCAAGCUGUUACCCACUUUACUGCCGCGGUACGAGCGACCGGAAAUGACGUGGCGGCCGAUAAGCUGGAUUCUUCUCCUUCCUCACCCUCAAACCAUAUCGAGGCCGACGUCACCGUAGUCGAGUCGCACCCACCGCCAGCCCCACAACCCGACCAGGAAGGAAUGGCUUUAGCCGUCGAAAUUGAGCAGGAAUUUGAUCGCAUCCAGUCCGGCAUGGAUAAGGAAAAGGAGGAGGAGCACGAAACGGAAGUGGGAAAUCCAAAUUCUGACCAAGAACAAGGUCACCUUCAAGACAACGAGGAAGGGGUCGAAGGUCAAGGUCAACAUGAAGGUCACGAAGAUCAAGAAUCCGACGUCCGUGUCGAAAUCACCGCGCCGACCGAAUCUGAACCGGAAGCAGAGGAAGAGGACGCAGUCGUGGUUGAAAAUGGAGACGAAAAACAUGACGAAAUUGAGGAAGAGGGAUCGUCACCAUCGUCCCCACCACCCGUCGAAUCGUCACCACCACCCCCCGAAUCACCCAAACCCCACAAACAAGUCACUUUUGGCGGAGAAGUGACCGAAGAACGGGAAGAAUUCGUUCUUCAUGGCGACAAAGAUGACGAUACUUCCGGCGGCGACCGAAAAUCCAUCGUGGCCAUGAACCGAGAGAAAUUUGAGAAGCCUUCCUCCCCCAAUGGAGAGUCCGCCCCCAAGGUGAAGUACUCCUUCGGGAAGAAGGGCGGCGUCGCGGCGGGUGCGCCGAAGGAGGAGGAGCCAAAAGAGUCCACGGUCAAGAAUUUAAGAAACUUUUUCCAAAAGUUGGGCUCCAUCGAUGCGGAAGAAGGCUCCGUCCUUAAGAGAGGGGGCGUUCGUCAGGGGGGCAGUCAAAAUAGGAGAACAAUGAUUUGAUUUGGGUGGGGUGAAAAGUGAGAGGAAUAUUUUUUGGUGGAUUUUCUUUUCGAUUUCUUGAUUUUUUUCGAGUAAUAAUUAUUUUUUUGCAAGUGUGCAAUUAUUUCUGUGUAGAUUUUAGAUCCGAUUAGCUUCAAAAUUCAUUUUUUCCUGUAUUAAUUAGUGUUUUGCAAUUGUCGCAAUUAUUUCUGUGUAGAAUUUAAAUCCGAUUUUUCUGAGUGUUAAUUUGUCGCGAAAUAAUUAAUGCAAUUCUCGCAAUUCUCGCAAUUAUUUCUGUCUAUAGAUUUUUGGAUCCGAAUGUGUUGAACAUUACUUUUUUCACGUCGUGAUAAUUAUUUUUUUGCAAUUCUUCUUUUUCUUGUCGGAAUUAUUCCUGUGUAGAUUUUAGAAGCUUAUUAAACGCGUUAAGAACGUAGUUAUAAAUUAUUCGAAAUAUUUAAAUAUAGUAAAAUCAUUCCAUAAAUAUGUAUGUGAAAAAUUAUUGUAUGCUCAAAAUAUAUGGAAAAUUUAUUAAUAAAAUUCAUGCCAGGAA